AUGGCGCAACAUUUCUCGAACCGAUUGCCAAGCAUUUCGAUAAAUUUUGUGUUAUGCAUGUUUUCGUCAUUGUUGUUGGCCUAUCUGUACAAACGUUUUAUGGCUCCUGGCGCAGUAUCGCGCCAAGUGCGUUUAUUAUUUCCGCCACUUGUUGGGAUCUCAUUUUGUUUCUUCUGUUUUGGCCGGUUAGUUGCAAAAAAAUUUAAACAAAAUCCAUAUGCACUUACUCGUGAGUUGACUUCUAAUGACUUCUUUCGAUUGCGUGAUCAUCGGAUUUUUCACGUAACUUUCGAUGAGAAAAAGAAAACGCAAGGG